CCUCUCGCUUCCAGAGACAACUACUUCCGCAGUGGAGAGGGAUUUCUGGUGGCGUUCUCCAUCACAGAGGACGAGAGCUUCCAGGCGACGCAAGAAUUCAGGGAGCAGAUCCUGAGGGUCAAGGACGACGAAACCAUCCCGCUGCUGCUGGUGGGCAACAAGUGCGACCUGGAGGAGCGACGGCGCGUCUCGCACGCCGAGGCCGGCGCGCGUGCCGCCCAGUGGAACGUGCCCUACGUGGAGACGUCGGCCAAGACCCGGCAGAACGUGGACAAGUGUUUCUUCGACUUGAUGCGGAAGAUUUCAGCGAGGAAGGCGGAACACAACAAGGCCAGUCACGUGGAGGUGAAGGAACCGACCAAGUGCUGCCGGUUGUUGUAGUGGGCGCCGCCCCCGCCCGUGAAGAGCGAGCCGCACCACCGGUGCGAUGGACCGCUGGCGUACUGUCCGAGGACCGAGCAGGCGCCGAAAGUCCCGCGACCGCGAGAUUACCCCGCUAGAAAUACAGCUAGAGCGAGUGUCACCCGGCCCGUGGAAGCGCGCCUUCGCCCGGCUCUGCUUGACUGUGUGGGCUCGGGCCGCUCGCGGCCCGGGAGUGACCGGAGCACCGACGAGGCGCCAACCCACCGUACUCCCGUGGCCUGUCCGGCGCUGGGCGGCGCGCUGCUGGGGUGUUGCGCAUGCGCGAUGACCUCUCCGGGUCCCGGUCGCCUCCUCCGACCGCUUCCCAGGCUGUCUGCUGGCGCCGGGGGCGGCCGCCUCCUGGCUACACCGAGACACCGAUGGUGUUCAGCUACACGUGUGUUCCCUGCCCGCCGCUGCCGCUGCUGCUGGCGCCACGGCGGCGCCACCUGCCUCGCCUGCUGUGCCGAGUUCCCGCAGCGCCCGCUAUCGCGUUUUGAGUGUGCACUCUUGCCGUGCGAUGCGCUUGGUAAGAUUGCGUAGCGAGUGAUUAUUUUCGUACGGGAUACCGGGCGGCCGGCGUUCUGUGCCGACUCGCCACGGAUAGUAUUGAGUUGCCUGUGGGCUCCGAGCCGUUUUGUACCAGCCUGCUCUGUUGCCGCUGCAUCCCUUCUGAUAAUUUAGUGGCGGCUGCGGCCCGGAGUGGUGCUCGUCUGCGCCGCUGACCCGGGCCAGUGCGCGCGCGCAGCAUGACGCCGUUUUGUGCGGACUGACUAGCCGCUUGUUCGGCUCGCUCGUGCCGCGUGUCUUGCGGAGAAAGCUAUUCCGUGUAUUUGUGAUCGCAGGGCAACCGAUAUAUAUAUACAAGGUGACCUUUGG